AUGAGUAAUCAAACAGUAACCUACACAGAAUUGAAUCUGACAAAGUUCCCCAAAAGCCAGAAAACCAAAAUUAAGGAUGCUAAUUGCUCCAUUUCAACUACUGAACAGGAAAUAACUUAUGUGGAAUUAAACCUUCAUAAUGUGUCUCAGGAUCUUCAAAAUAACAACAGGAAUCUCUACUGCAGAGAUUUCUCAUCAUCUCCAGAGAAGCUUAUUGCUGGAGUCCUAGGAAUCAUCUGCAUUGCCCUGAUGGCCAGUAUAAUAACCAGUACAGUUAUGUUUAAUAUUCCUUGUUAUCCUUGUUUUCGUUGUCCUGAUGAUUGGUUUCCCUAUUCCAACAAUUGCUAUUACUUUAGUAUUGAAAAAAAAACCUGGGAUGAGAGUCGGAUUUCUUGUGCUUCUAAAAAUUCAAAUCUAUUUCAUAUAGAUAACGAAGAAGAGUUGAAGUUUAUAAGAUUUUUAUCACCUAAUUCAUGGAUUGGACUUUCUCGUCAACAUCAUAAUCAUCCAUGGCAUUGGAUUAAUGGUACAUACUACAACAAAAAGGAAGAUGAUGGCUGGGAUCGUGGGAAUCAUCUGCGUUGUGUUGAUGGCCAGUCUUAUCGUUGUGGUCAUUGUCCAGAUGAUUGGUUUUCCUAUGCCAACAAGUGCUAUUAUAUUAGUAUUGAACGAAAACCCUGGAAUGUGAGUCGGAUGUCAUGUGCUUCUAAAAAUUCAAGUCUAUUUCAUAUAGAUAAUGAGGAAGAAAAGGAAGACAUGCAGAAUUUCAGAAUGAAUCAUAUAAACCUCUUGAAAAACUACAAGAAGGCCUUAGAAACUUAG